CUUUUAUGGAAAAUCCAAUUUUUGAUUAAAUGUGGAUUGUGAAUUCAAGUGUGGUACCGUAAUAGGUUGUCACCUGUGCAAUACGUCCAUCCGUGAAAUUUACUUACUACCAAAUAUUCCACAGUCAACUGUUAGUGGUAUUAUAACAAAGUCGAAGCAACUGGGAACAACAGCAACUCAGCCACAAAGUGGUAGGCCACAUAAAAUGACAGAGUGGGGUCAGCGCAUGCUGAAGAGCACAUUGCACAGAAGUCACCAACUGUUUGCAGAGUCAAUAGCUAAAGACAUUCAAACUUUGUAUGACCUUCAGAUUAGCAUAACAACAGUGUGUAGAGAGCUUCAUGAAAUGGGUUUCCUUGGCCGA